GGGGUUGUUAUCCCGAGGGGGGAUGCGUGCGGGUUGGGUAGGGUCUGCGGUAUAAGAAGUGAGGGUGCGUGAGGUGCGUGGUAGGUUGCAAGCAAGCAAGCAAGCACUCAAGCGUACUUCUCCCCUCUCUUUGGAAGCUCUAAAACCACACACACACACUCUCUCUCUCUUUCAUCUACCACCCAACACGACACCACCACCAUGGCCGCCCCCAGAAUCGCCAUCAUAGGCGCCGGGCCCGCCGGCCUCACGCUCGCGCGCCUCCUCCACAACCACCGCAUCCCGAGCACCGUGUUCGAGAAAGCCGCCUCCCCGCACACGCAGCACGCGGCGGGCGGGUCGCUCGACCUGCACGAGACGUCCGGGCAGCGCGCGCUGCGCCUCGCGGGCCUGUGGCCGCAGUUCCAGGCGCACGCGCGCUACGACGGCCAAGACGUGCGCAUGCUCGACCGCGCCGGGACCUCGCUGCUCGACUUGCGCGGCGCCGACGCCGGCCGCCCCGAAAUCGACCGCCCCGUCUUGGUCCAGCUGCUAAGGGACUCGCUGCCGGGCGAGGCGGUGCGCUGGGGCAGGCGCGUCGCCCACGUCGACGCCGACGCCGGCACGGUGCGCUUUUUUGCCGCCGACGACGGCAGCAGCAGCAGCGAAGAGCGCUUCGAUUUGAUUGUCGGUGCAGACGGCGCCUGGUCCCGCGUCCGCCCGGCCGUGUCCACGCUCGCGCCCUUCUACGCCGGCGUCAGCGGCGCCGAGCUCUGGAUCCAGGACCCGGCAGCCACGGCGCCGGACGUGGACGCGCUGGUGGGCUCGGGCACGGUGUUUGUAUGGGGCGAGGAGGCGGGCGGCGGGGCGUGCAUCGCGGCGCAGCGCUCGGGGACGGGCAGCAUCUGCGUGUACGCGUUUGUGCGGCGCGGCGAGGGGUGGCUGGGCGCGCAGGGCGUCGACUGGACGGAUGUCGGGCAGGCCAAGGCGGCGCUGCUGCCCGAGUUUGAGGCGUUUGCGCCCGAGCUGCGGAGGCUCGUCGAGGCGUGCGACUGCCGCGCCAGCCCGAGGCCGCUGUUCAUGCUGCCCGUGGGCGCGCGCUGGCCGCAUCGCCGCGGCGUGACGCUCGUGGGCGACGCCGCGCACCUGAUGACGCCGUUUGCGGGCGAGGGCGUGAACGCGGGCAUGGGCGACGCGGUCGAGUUGGCCGAGGCAAUUGACUGGACCAAGGAAGCCCUGGACGCCGCGGUGCGUGAGUACGAAUCGCACAUGUUUCCGCGCGCCGAGAUGCUCAUGAAGAUGACGUGGGAUAGCUUGCAAGAGCGCUUCGAGCCCGGCGGGGGCAAGAGCUUCGCGGACCGCAUGCUGUUUUUGCUUGAGCAAAGGGAGAAGGGCGAAAGGGUUGUUGAUGGGGGGGUGGGGGCUGAGUGAGUGAGUGAGUGAGUGAGGAGGGGGUUG